GUCCGCGAGACACCCCGCCAAGCGGCUCACGAGCGAGCAGUAGUACAGGCGCGCGCAUUCAGAACUCUCAAUUUAUCACGAAACCCUCGCGGCUCGCGCGAUAGCAGGACGUCCGACGCACACUGAGAUUGUUUUAACAUCUUUUCACAUACUUUUUGAAUGUUUUUGUGGUUCAACCGUACAAUGUGAGGAGAAAUGGCCGGGACAAGCUCUGAUUGGGUGGAAAUACUGGAGCCCCGUUCCCAGGAACGAAUGUACGUGAAUUUGACAACAGGAGAGUGCGGAUGGGAGCCACCCAUUGGUGUGCCUGUCCGUCAGGCGGAUGGCAACCAGUGGUGGGAACUUUUCGACCCCCAUAGUAACAGGUUCUACUACUACAACUCUGCUGGCCGCGUGACCGUGUGGCAUAGGCCGCAAGAUGCGGAUAUCGUCCCUCUCUCUCAGCUUCAGGCCAUGAAACGCAACACAGAGUCUGAGCACAGGACAGAUGGGGGCACAAAGGAAAGGCAACAUGGAAAUCAGUCUACAGGGAGUCAAGAUAGACGCACCCCUCUGCCACCCAUGGAGCCUUACAGUCAAGAGCUCGAGUGUGCAGGCAAAGAGCUUACAGAGCAAGAAAUAGACAACAGACAGAAAUUAGACCUCCACAGCAUGGAUAGCAACAGAGGCACUCUCAGGGAAGAGCAAAGAGACACGUGUCAGAGGUGGCAGCCCCCUUCUGGAUCUAAAGCCGCCAUGUUAGUAAAGGUCAGUAGCAUAGGCAGAAGCCAAGGAAGAGGAAUCAGUGGAGCAGCUUCCCUUCACCUCCCACAGAGUAAAGCCAAUGGUCACAGUGCCUGCACGCACACUUCCGGCAGUGUCAAAUCUGUUUCAGGCUACAUGCUGUCCCAGCAGGCUUACAAAACCACACCGGGAGGCAAAAUGGCACCAGAUACGAGGCAGACCCACCACUUGAGGAAGGCAAGCAAUGGCAGCUUUUGCCUGGUGGCCUCAGGUGACUCUUCUCCACAUCCAGCAUCUCCACAGCCACAGUCCAGCUCACCAAGGCCGGUAUCUCCACAUUAUGGAGCGACCGCACGUUUCUAUGAUGAUCCAUUAGCUGAUUGCCCCAUUUAUGAUGAACCUCCCGUAGAUAUGGAGGUAGAAGGUGCUCACUUACACAACAGCACAUCCAGACACAAUCACAGUCUACAGAAGGUAAAACUUCUCCAGCACCCAGGUCCAUCUUAUACAGGCUCCCGACACAAGAGGAACCCCUCUGACUAUAGUCCAGCAGGUCUGGAGUGUAUCAAGCAUAUGGUGAAUGUCGACCCCAAGCAAGGACUCCUUUCUACUUCCCCAAUGCCCUCUCCAACAUCUGCACCAGAGUCCUUACUUCUACCGACAAGGGUACUUCAAAAGGAGCCUGUUAGCUUGGAAAAGAAGCAGUCAAUGAGGAUUGUAGAAGCAGGUUUGCUAAGAGCUAUUGAGGUGCAUCACAGCAGGCAGGGGAGCCAAGGAUCCCAGGACUAUUCCACACCACCACCUCCCGCUGUUAGCUACCAAGAUUCGGGUUACUCAACCGGCCCGUCUCCCAGCCUGCGGAGGAAAAGCAGGAGGAGGAUAGGUGCCGGCGGCCGACCCGGCUCUGUGGGUAGCACUGGGGAGCUCACAGCGCUAAACGAGCGCCUGAUUGAGGAGAUGAGGGAGGUGGUCAGUCGCUCAAACACUAUGCGGGAGACCAAAGCUAGUCUGGAUUUAGAGAUGUCGGAGCGCUGCUCCACACAGCGCACACAUAGCACGGGCCGGUGCUCAUCCAGGGAAGAUAUUUCAUCCUCCAGCAGGUCACUGAGCAGGACAGGUAACUAUCCUAUUGUGGCCUUUUCGCAACUGGACAUCCCAGGAAGGCAGAAGCGGACGUAUGAGAAGGUUGACACGCUUGAGCAGAGCAUUGCAUUGUCCUCCCCUGAGACGGCUGGACCCCCCUCACAGGCGGGAACACUGGAACCUAAGGUUCAAUUGGAUAACAGAACGAAAAGCAUGGUGGACAACAGAAUGGGUUCACUUGGCCCUCAUCGACACGUCGUCAGCGAUUCCAACUUGCAGAGAAGUGAUGCAGGGGGUUACCAGCUCUCUUACGCCACCCUUCGUCAGCCCCCACCCCCAGAUGCCAGCAUGGCAGACUGGGCCAGCAAGCACCUGAACAUGCAUACACAGGGUCUGUUCCGCCGGAGAGUCUCCAUUGCUAACAUGCUAUCCUGGAACCGCGGCUCCAUCAAGAAGCCCAUGCUGAUGACCAACGACCGCACGGUGCGCAAGGAAGCCUGCGAGAUAUUCAAACUCGUCCAAGCCUACAUGGGAGACCGGCCCUCACGGCUAGACCGACGUCACGCAGCUCUCCUCAUUGUCACUAAGUGCUGGGGCAUGCAAGGCCUAAGGGAUGAGCUGUACGUCCAGCUUGUGAGGCAGACCACAGGCAACAGCAGCCCACGCAGCCUGGCAGCAGGCUGGGAGCUCAUGGCUGUGUGCCUUGCCUUCUUCGCUCCUUCGCCCAAGUUCUGCUGCUACCUGGAAGGUUACAUUCAGCGCCACGUGGAGCAAACCAAUGACAAGAAAAUAACCCAGUUCAUACUGGACCAGCAGGAUAUUAAGAAGAAGAACUCCAAGUCCAGGAAGAAGAGAAAGCAGAACAGCGAAGAGGAAGCAGCUCUACCCAUCAGCACAUAUGCAAAGUACUGUCACCGGAAACUCCAGAAAGUGGCGAUUACUGGAGGGAAAAAGGGGCUCCGUAAACCAACCACAGAGGAGGUAGACCACAGUCGACGUGCUAUCAUGACCCCGUCUCUGUUUGGCAGCUCCCUAGAGGAGGUAAUGGAGCGACAGUGUGAACUCUUCCCAGACAGGAAGUUGCCGUGGGUGCAAGUGCAGCUGUCGCAGUAUGUGCUAGCUUUGGGCGGAGCUCAGACAGAGGGAAUAUUCAGGGUCCCUGGUGACAUUGAUGAAGUUAAUGCACUGAAGCUACAGGUGGAUCAAUGGAGGAUCCCUGAGAAUUUGUCAGAUCCCAACGUGCCUGCUUCUCUAAUGAAGCUGUGGUACCGUGAGCUGGAAGAACCUCUGAUCCCUAUGAGCUUCUACAAGCAGUGCAUCAGUAACUAUGACGAUCCUGUGGCAGCCAUUAGUGUAGUGCAGUCUCUGCCUGAGCUCAACCGCCUGGUGCUUUGCUACUUCAUUCAUUUCCUACAGGUAUUUGCCCAGCCUACAAAUGUUGCGGUCACAAAAAUGGACGUAAACAACCUCGCAAUGGUAAUGGCUCCCAAUUGCCUUCGGUGCCAGUCGGACGACCCUCGUGUAAUAUUCGAGAACACGCGCAAGGAGAUGUCAUUCCUGCGCAUGCUGAUCGUACAUCUGGACACAAGCUUUAUAGAGGGCAUUGUUUAAAGAUCCUUUAAUACUUAUUACUUUUCCACGGCAAUACAUGUGAUACAUAACUAGCCUUCCCACAAACAUUGAGUCACAAAAAUGGAUGUCAAGGACAAAGGUACCCUGUUAAAGAUGAUACUUUGUGUAAAAUCAGUUUUUGCAUGGUGUGUGCCACUGGAAAACUGUUUAAGAGUGAACUGUGUGUUUGUACACCUCAGUGACAAAGGGUAUUGAAGUUCAAAUUCACUGAUACUAACAUCACAAAAUGUUUAAGCUGUCCAUGUUUAGUGCCGUGCAUGUUCUAGAAAUGUAUGGAAAAAAAUAAUUGUGACGAUCAUAAAAUUGUUGACAGUGCAGUAAACAUUAUAAUGCGGUAUAAGUCUAUUGCAAGGUUAAAAGUAAGCUGCAUGGAUACAUUGCUUUGUGAAAACUCAGUUUGCUUGUUUUGUAGAGUUGUCGUAGUGACAGGUUUAAGAAUCUACUUUAUUAUGUUUAUUCUUUGGCUUUAAAUAGUGUUUCUGUGUCUAUCUGUGGAUUUUAAAGAAAAAAUAAUCUGUUGUGUACAGGGAAAAUAUAUGAAAUCUGUAUAUGUCCUAAGAGUGGUAACAAUCUAUUACUAAAGAUCUUAAAGCUUUAAGUAUACGUUUUUUCAGAUUGGGUGGUUUUUGACAGUACACACUCAAUAUAAAAGAAUACAGUAUUUUAAGCAGUGAAAGUUUUCUAUUUUAUUAUUUUAGUUUUGUAUUAUAUUUUUAAAGCUGUGAUAAACUGUCAUGCCCUUAUUAUCAGGAUGGCCAUUUAUAUACUUAAUUUGCCACUACACAGUUUAGUAAAUUCUAAUACCAAGUGUGCUAAUGCAAUUAAGCUAUUAAGUGAUAAUGCCAUGAAAUGAAAAUAUCGGAUUGUGAUUGUGUAAUGCUUGUGAAAUAGCAUCUGAUGUAGUAAAAAAACUAAAAAAGUAAAUUAAAUCAAUGUAUAUAAAAA